GCGACAAAAUAUAACACAAUACUUCAAACAAUGUUGCCGUCAUAUAAAUGCUUUUACCGCAAUUGUCGUUAUCAUUCCAAAGCAGAAGACGUAGUAAACCAUGUUCGGUGCCAUAUUGAUCUGUCUCCAAGCAUUUAUAGUGCAGCAAAUAACUGCACAAUGCAUUGGCGCUGGAUACAACGGGAUAGUGGCUGAUGGAGUGUCCUGGGUAGCUGCUCCAUGGGAGGCCGCAGCUCUCUACCCAGCUGUAAGCCAGCCCGCUGCAGAGAGAGUAGUCGGUCUUACCCUCGGAACUCUUGGCGCAUCAGCCUGCAGGGGCUUCGGUGUCCGCAGCACAUCACCAAUCGCACCCACUGGUGUGUCCGUUACCUCAGAGAACGUAUUCGAUGGUUUCGUGGUCGUCCAGGGUACGCUGCCCUUCCUCAGUGCUGCGGCCUUGGAAGGUGCACUGCCUUCCGUGGGAUCUGGGUUCAUAUCCUACGGCUGUGGUAACGGAGACGUGGUGAUGCUGAGCGAGGAGCUCGGUCCUGCGAGUUACGCUGCUCCCGCGUAUGGCCCCUACGCGCCAUACGAACUGGGUAUUGGAGGCAUCGUUGGACCAACCCUCGGCCUUGCUCUCGGACAAGGUUCACUUGGCCUCGGACAAGGCCCGCUUGGCCUCACACAAGGCACACUUGGCCUCGGACAAGGCACCCUUGGCCUCGCUACUGGUUACGGCGGCUGCGGCGGCUUUAUUUACUAAACUAGUUAAAUAGUUAUCUGUUGUUAAUUUGUUAAAUAUUGUAUAAGAGUAAUAUACGAUCUACUACAAAACAAA